AUGGUUGAUGUUGGUGUCAAUGGCAGAGUAUCUGACGGUGGUGUGUUCGCAGUGUCUGAGUUUGGAAGGACGUUCAGUGAAGGCCAUCUACACAUCCCUAAACCUCGGUGCUUGACAAACAGUGAUAAAGAACUGCCGUUCACAUUUGUGGCAGAUAAUGCUUAUCCGAUGUCAGAGAACUUAAUGAAGCCCUAUUCACAGUCUGAAUUAGAUGAGCAACAACAAGUUUUCAACUAUAGAUUGAGUCGUGCAAGACGAGUAAUAGAAAAUGUAUUUGGCAUUUUGACAUCUCAAUUUGAAGUAUUUCAAAAGCAAGAAUAA